AUGAUUGUUGAUCAACAAAAUAAUUCAAUCAUCACUGCUGAUCGUGGGAACAGCCGAGUGAUUCAAUGGUUGAAUCAAAAUCAACAAAUUCUCAUUGACUAUUAUGGUUUGGCAAUGGAUAAAAAUGGAUUUCUUUAUGUUUUUGAUUGUAUAGAGAAUGAAGUGAGACGAUGGAAAAUAGGAGAAUACAAUGAAGGAAUUGUAGUGGCAGGUGGAAAUGGAAAAGGAAAUCAACUCAAUCAAUUUAAUUGUCCUACUUUUAUCUUUGUUGAUGAAGAUGAAUCUGUUUAUAUAUCAGAUAAAGACAAUCAUCGUGUGAUGAAAUGGAGAAAAGAUGCAAAAGAAGGAAUAGUUGUGGCUGGAGGAAAUGGUCAAGGAAAAAAGUUCAAUCAAUUUUCUUAUCCUCAAGGAGUAAUUGUUGAUGAUUUGGGUCAAAUCUAUGUGGCAGAUAUGUGGAAUCAUCGAGUAAUGCGUUGGUGUGAAGGAAAAGAAGAAGGUGAAAUUAUUGUUGGUGGAAAUGGACAAGGAAAUCAAUUCAAUCAACUGAAUUUUCCCAAGGGUUUAUCUUUUGAUGAUGAAGGGAAUCUUUAUGUUGCUGAUUAUUCGAAUUAUCGAAUUCAAAAAUUUGAAAUAAUUUUAUAA